CUAUAUAAUCCGUCAAGCGGGUUCCUAUUAUACACUAUAUAAGCGAUCUUUUGCCAUAUUCCACUCUCAUUUAUACUCCAAGUACGAUCGCGAACCAGACGCGGGCCACUAUACACGUUUUUGUCGGUUACUAUUUUUUUAAUUCAUAUCCAGUAUGAAAUAUGUGUCCAAGCAUACACUGCACAGUAUAGUAUAGUACGGUCUCGUAGAAUAUAGUGUUUGUGGAAUAUAUGAUAGAUACUUGGCUGUUAGGUUGUCAACGAUCGUGAUACCCACAUAACUGUUGCUGUUGCUACUAUUCCUGAACGUAUGUAUAAAUCACCUGUAACCUGUGCUUAAAUGGUGAUAGUUGGCGCGUCCAUUCAGCCAGCAUAACAUCUUUAAAGUGCGCGACAAGAAGAGAUCUUGCUGGUGCCGCAGUCUCAGUUCCUUGGAUAGUCAAACUUUCCCUCUAAAGUACUGGAAAUUUUUCACUAAUUUUUUGUAACUGACGCCUCAGAAAAAUUUCCCAACGCGUUUGAAAACUUUAGCGUUAUUUUAAGUGAAUUUCACUUUGGGAUUUUCCAAUUGGUUUUCUUCAUAAAAGUGUGUAAUGUUGUGGUAAAUUUUAUUUGAAGAAACAUAAAAGUAUUCAAUUAGGCGCCAAGCGUUUUGGUGUCCUUCGAUAAACCUUCAGUAUUAAAAAAGUGUGAUAGUGGCGUUGUGUCUCGAGGCUCGUGGAUCGGAUCAAAAUGUUAACAGGAUGGAGGCUAACUGUAUCGAAAUUUUUUAUAGUCCCCCAACGUAUUAUCCUCGCUAUCAUGGGAUUUUUGGCGAUUUGCAAUGCAUACACAAUGCGAAUAUGCCUGUCGGUAGCAAUCACACAAAUGGUCAUUUCGAAAACUCAUCCACCAGGAGCGGAAGUAGGUGAAGGAGAAUGUGCCAUCGACGAUGAAUACGAAAGUGAAAGUUCGAGUUCCGGUGAAUUUGAUUGGUCUGAAGAACUGCAAGGAAUCAUUCUAUCAUCUUUUUACUGGGGAUAUGUUGUUACACAUCUACCCGGUGGUAUGCUGGCGGAAAAGUUUGGCGGAAAAUAUACCUUGAGUUUAGGAAUUUUAUCCACUGCCAUAUUUACACUAAUUACACCGGUAGUUGUAGAGUCUGGUGGAUCUACAGCUCUAAUUAUUCUACGUGUUUUGAUGGGUGCUGGUGAGGGUACUACUUUCCCAGCUCUUAGUGCGCUGCUGGCAUCAUGGAUUCCGUUGAAGGAGAGGAGUAAAUUGGGAUCGUUAGUGUUUGGUGGAGGACAGGUUGGAACUAUCCUAGGAACAGCUUUAUCAGGUCUUCUCCUACAUCACAUCGAUGGCUGGCAUUCUGUAUUCUAUUUUUUCGGUGGUUUGGGAGUGUUAUGGUUCAUCAUCUUCACAUUGAUUUGCUACAGCAAUCCCGGAUCGCAUCCAUUUAUCAAAGAUGAAGAAAAAGAAUUUUUAGAACGCGAACUUGGCGUAUUGAAACGUGAUCGUAAUCUGCCACCUGUACCAUGGAAAGCAAUCAUCACUAGUGCUCCUAUGCUUGCUCUAAUCUGCGCCCAAAUUGGCCACGAUUGGGGAUUUUUCAUUAUGGUCACAGAUCUUCCAAAGUACAUGAGCGACGUUCUCAACUUCCCCAUCAAAGAGAAUGGAUUAUUCUCGGCGCUUCCCUAUGCUGUGAUGUGGAUUGUUUCAAUCACUACUGGCUUUCUUGGCGACUGGAUGAUAACAAAGAAUAUUAUGGGAAUCACAAUGUCUCGAAAAGUUUUCACAACAAUUGCUGCCAUUGGACCAGCCGUCUUCACUGUGUUGGCCUCAUAUGCUGGAUGCAGCAAAACCAAUUCUGUUGUACUUUUCACAAUUGCCAUGGGUCUCAUGGGUACGUUCUACCCAGGAAUGAAAGUGAAUCCUUUGGAUUUGAGUCCGAACUAUGCCGGAACGUUAAUGGCUAUUGUGAACGGAAUCGGCGCAAUAACUGGCAUUCUGGCUCCUUAUAUAGUCGGAGUGUUAACACCAAAUGCAAAUCUCUACGAAUGGCGAGUAGUAUUCUGGAUCUCAUUCGGUGUUUUUGUUAUAACCAGUAUUGUCUAUGUGAUUUGGGCAUCGGGUGAAACACAGCCGUGGAAUAACCCAGAAAAAAUGAAAGCAAUCCAAGCGGAAAAUGGCGAGAUUGAACCCGAACAAAAGGAGGCAAACAAAGGCGUCUCCUUAGAUAAAAUAGAAAAAUAGUUUUUAUAUAAUAUUUAAUUUUGGUCAUACUUUACUCAGUAUCCAAUUGCUUUGUUUUUAAAUCGAGACUGUAAUUGUAAAUAAACGAUAGGUGUAUUAUAGGAAGUACCCGCUAUUGCUACCUUAUUUUAUCAGUACGGCGUCAGAUGUAUUGAUGAAAAGAUACAUCUGCAAUGAAGCAAUGCCAAAAUUGUAGCAAUAUAUCCUGCAUUACAAACUAGUGAUCUUGAGAGAAUUUAUUAAGAAGAAUUCUCGGUGCCUAUGAAAAGAUGGAAAAUCUUGUUGUGUUGUAGCUUACAAAUAUUUUGUAAAAGAGUUGAUAAUUUUAAAUGUAAACAAUGUUAUAGUUUGUUGAUGCUAUUUAAAUAUACAUAUGUAUACUGUUACAGUAUUUAAUAAAUACAUUUUUUGUUUUAAAA